CCGGAAGACAACGUGCCAGAACCGUCUUAAGCUUUGAAAGAAACCCAAGACACACAACAAAGGGAGCGAGUCCCUGCCGGAAGUAGAUGGACAGGAAGGGGCUUCCUAUUGGCGCCCAGGAAGAGGAGUCACACAGGACCGGAAGUGCGUCACGAGCUUGUUCUCGAAGGGAACCUAGGGGCGCGAAGGGGAGCUGUUGCCAUCUUGGAGCCAAGCAGGGCGCUCGGGGUCCGCCUUCAGCGCUCCUCGGCCACGAUGUCCCAAAUGGCCGCGGACGCGAAGGGCGAAGCGGGGACGAGGCCCACAGCCCCCGCCGCUCCCUCCGCCUCGCCCCGUAUUGCAGGUCGUGUAUAUCAACUAGUCCCGACAACUGGAUUGGAUGGGAAAAACAUCAUGAAGUUACUUCCGGUUUCUAAACCUAUAAGAAAUUUUGUAUCCUUGCAUCAGUCUCCAGUUAUAUCCAAUAAUACAAAAGGAAAUGUCUCAGUGGUUGGUCAUAGUAAUCUGAAGGAUAUAGUAAAAACUACUAUAUCUCCAUUUAUUAAAAACCCUGAGGUGAAAAAAACUGCACCUGGAAAAUUAAUUCUACCAAAGCUGUUGAGUCAAGUGGAAAAGGUGGAUGCCCCUGUUGUAAAAGAAAAUCCAACUGCAUCAAUAAUCUCUAGCACUAUGAAAAAGAAUCCAACUGUUCCAACAAUUUCUAGCAUUCAGGGUAGUAUCCAGUCAGCUGAUAGAUCCACUUUGCAAAAUGAUGCUACCCCAGUGUGCUUAGAAAAAAACAAUGCAGGCUGGGUACUUGUGAAUGCAAACAGUCUUUCUGUUGCACCAAAGUCUCAAGUACUUGUUUCUGGACAUCCUUUUCAGACAUCUACUUAUGCAGAACCUAAACCUGUUGUGGCUUCUUUUUUGCCCCCUUCAACUCAGCAGAAGAUUUUGGUUGCAGCAUCCUCAAAUGUUCCUGGAGUUCGUGAAAUUACAAAAGCAUCAGCAGUUAUUUAUGUGUCACCAGUAAAUUCAGUAAAAUCAGCUGCUUGUAAGCCAUCACAAAAUAUAUAUCAAAAACCUAUAACAAAAUUAUCAGAAUCUUUAACACUGACAGUGCCACAGACAACAGUCAGUAGUUCUGCCUGUCAUGGCGCAACAUCUGAUAGUACAAAAAAACAGACGUAUCCUAUUAAAUGGAUUGUCCAAGAAAACCCACGGUCCACAGCAUCUUGCGUUCCUAAAUCGUCAUCAAAUUACAUGGCAUCAGAGAUCUUAAAAACUUUUUGUAAUGCAAAGAACCUAAAAAGCAAUCCUGCCAUUAUUGCACCUACCAGUUCUAACAACGGGAGUGAAAGCCAAGCAGAAAAUACUUCUGUGAAGGAUAAUACCCUGGUGAUGUACAAUGGAAACUUGUAUUUACUGACUAUAAAGGAGCCCAAUGUUGUGUCAGAAAAUAAAUACAGCAAUAAAAUAUUGCCCACUGAUGAGACACACAUCAAAAGAAUCAAUUCACAUUUAAUUAGUCCCCCUGCAAAUAGCACAAUAACUAAACAAGUUGUCAAUCUAGUGUUGAUAAAAAACAAAGUGGUUGCUUGUAAUGCAAAAGAUCCAAAAGCCAGUGAGACUACGAGACCUCAACUGCUGUCAGAAGCAAAUAAGAGUUUAAAAGUUGCAUCUACUUUUUUGGUGCAACCACAAGGGAACCUACAAAUAGGUAGCACCAGCCAACAUGAAGCAAUCUCUGUAUUGGGAAACAUUCCAGUUGGAAUGACUGUAGAUCACAAACCAGUGGCAAUAGAAAAUGCAAACCAAACCAUACGGAAAAUUAUUUUUCAUAAAGCAGCUGCUUCUACUUUAUUACCAUCAACAACGCCUGAUGCUUUUAAAGAGGAAGAAGAAAAGGUUGAGGGUAUCCCAGGAAUUCAGAUCAAACAUGGGAAAGAGCAAGACAGAGAACAGUAUCUUGAACUGAGAAAAAAAAUUGGUCUUUUAAAAGAGGAGAGAGUGUAUCUGAGGAGAAUUCCUUCAUCAGUUACUCCUGCAAGACAAGAAACAACUGUGCGCUCUAGCAAUGUACAAAUGAGUGACUCCUGUGAUUUUUCACAGAGAAUACCUAUUGAACCUGAACUGCAAGAAAAAGAAAAGAUAAUUGAGGAAUCAGAAGAAGAAUUAAAUAUAAAAAGGAAGACAGAAACGCCACUGGUUUUGGAAAAUGCAAAGAGGAAAAAGAUUAUGGCAAACCCAGAUGCAGAACAAAAUGAUUUGUAUUCAGAAAUGAAUAAUCCAGAUAGCCCUUGCAGACAACUAGAAUCACAGCAAGAUAAUUCUCAAAGCUUUCUGCAGUGUUCCCAGAGGGUGGACCUUGAUUCAAAUCUUUGUACUCAGAGUAAUGAAGAAAACAGCACAUUAAGCCCUGUUUUAGACUGCUGUGAAAAUCAAACCUCUCACAAUGAGGUUUCUUUCAGAGAAGACAUUUUUUCUUUCAGCCCUGCAAACCUGGAGGACACGAUAAAAGAUGAAAAAAUAACAAAGCUUAAACUCCUGCUGAGGGAACAAGAGGCAGCAUUAGAAGAGAUUCGUAAAAAAAUGCAGCAAACUUAAAAAAUAUAGUUCUUUUUUAGCCUGA